UAUGACUAAUUAAUUGUGUUUUACAUAUAUCAACUCUCUUAUUAAUAGAGUGAAUAGAUCAGUCAUUUCGUUCUUGAACGAAUAUAUUUCUGUGGAGAGUAGUUUACAAUUUUACUUUUGAAUCCCCUAGACAUAAGAGAAAUUUUCCUUGUAGUGGCAAAUUACAUUUGGUUUAUAACUCAAUUGACAUGCUUACUUUUGCAAAACUGUUUUUAUGCUCAUGUUACCAUUAUUUUUGUUUCCUAGAACAUUGGAUGUAUAGUAUGUUAGGAAAUAAAUGGUUUCUGUUACUGCAAGUCUAAGUCUAAGUUGCUCCGACUCUCCUAAAGUGUCAGCUCCAUUAAUUUUUUAUUCCAACUAAAUAUACUACUUUUAGAGGAUCCGACACACAUGUCAUCAUUUUUUGAAGAAUCCGAGCAACAAAGAUCUUAGAAGAAUAUGUCACUCACUAAGGGUAUUGAUCUUUUUAUGCAGGUAAGAGCCAAAAGAUCCAAUUCCCACAUUUUGAUGUUGUAUCAGAUGAAUCAGACCAUUACUACAUCAAAUCAAACAAAUCCGGUGAGGCACAAAAUUGCUUCAAGGAUGCAAACACUUCUACAUACAGAAGCAUCAUGAAAGAAUGGAAAAUCCUUGAGAAAAAUCUCCCUGAAUCCAUUUACGUUCGCGCUUAUGAAAUGCGUAUGGAUCUGCUCCGAGCAGUAAUCAUUGGUGCCCCGGGGACUCCUUACCACGACGGUCUAUUCUUCUUUGACAUUGUGUUUCCUUCAGAUUACCCGAGCCAUCCUCCAAGUGUUUACUAUUUGUCACGAGGCUAUCAUAUGAAUCCGAAUCUUUAUACCAACGGAUAUGUUUGUUUGAGCCUAAUCAACACUUGGAAAGGCAGAACUUCGUCGGAAAUGUGGACAGCUAAAACUUCUACAGUCCUGCAGCUCCUCGUCUCGAUCCAGGGGCUCGUGCUCAACGAUCAACCUUACUUCAACGAGCCUGGACGCGAAAAACAUAUUAAGUCUGAGAGUUGGCUGCAGAAGUCUUUAGCUUACAAUAGGGAAGUCUUCAUUUUGUCCUGUAAAACGAUGCUUUGUCACAUUCGCACGCCUCCAAAGAAUUUCGAGGCUUUUGUCUACGAGCAUUUUCGCGAACGUGGAGAGUCCAUAUUGGCGACUAUUAAAGCCUAUAGUGAUGGCAAGGCAAUUGUAGGUCAUUAUCAAGGAGAUAGCCAGAAGUCGUCGUGUGUUAAAGUGCCUGCUGAUUUUCAGAAGAAUUUGAACAAAAUGUGUGCUGAUUUACAAAGGGCUUUCAACAAUUUAAGCAAUUCAAAUACUCCAAAUCAGGUUGCCAAAAAAACAAAGGAUCCAGCUAAGAAGAAGAAGAAGAAAGGGAAAAAAGCAAAGGAGCCAUCAAGUGGACUUAUGCAGAGGAUAAUAGGCUUUAUCAAGAACAUUUUUUGAAUCAGUGAAAUAUUAUGUUUUAAAAAUUUUCAUUAAGAAUAAGUAGAGUAGUAGCAAAAAUGAAAUGUUUACUUCAGAUUUAGAUGUCAUUAUAUGAUCUUUAGGUCAGUAUUGCAGUAGUCUGUCUCAUACUCAACUAGAGUUUAAUUCAACAUUUAUAAUCGGUGGUUUCAGAAUGAA